AUGGCGGGCUCCCGGCUCCCGCAGCAGCUCUUCCUGCAGGGCGUGGCCGCCGCGUUCCUGUUCGCCUUCGCCUCCCUCUACACGCAGAUCCCCGGCCUCUACGGCGCCGAGGGCGUGCUGCCCGCCCGGAGGACGCUGCGCCCGCGGGGCCAGGGCCGCUGGCGGCAGCUGUGGGAGGCCCCGACGCUGCUGUGGGAGGCGCCGCUGCUGGGGCUGGACACCGCGCAGGGCCUGGAGCUCCUGAGCCUGCUGGGCGCGCUGCUGGCCCUGGGCGCGCUGCUGCUGCGCCCGCUGCGCCACCUCCUCGCCUUCCUGCUGCUCUGGGCCGCCUACCGGUCCGCCUGCCAGGUGGGCCAAGUGUUCCUUUACUUCCAGUGGGACUCCCUCCUGCUGGAAAGCGGCUUCCUGGCCGUGCUGGUGGCCCCCCUGUGGCGGCCCCCCCACCGCAAGCAGGCCAAGGCGGCCUGGGGUCUGCCCCAUGAGGACCUCCCCUUCUGGCUGGUGCGCUGGCUCUUCUUCCGGCUCAUGUUCGCCUCGGGCGUGGUCAAGCUGACCAGCCGCUGCCCCACGUGGUGGGGGCUCACCGCGCUCACCUAUCACUACGAGACGCAGUGCCUGCCCACGCCCGCCGCCUGGUAUGCCCACCACCUGCCCUUAUGGCUGCACAGACUCAGCGUGGUCGCCACCUUCCUCAUCGAGGUGGCCGUGCCCCCACUGUUCUUCGCCCCCAUCCGCCGCCUGCGCCUGGCCGCCUUCUACUCCCAGGUCCUGCUCCAAAUGCUGAUCAUCAUCACCGGCAACUACAACUUCUUCAACCUGCUCACGCUGGUGCUCAGCACGGCCCUCCUGGACGAUGCCCACCUAGCUGGCCACAGUCGUCGCCGGAGGACGCCUGCCUCCUGCUCCAAAACGCUGCUGGACUCGCUGGCGCUGAUGUUGGAACUGGGUGUCUAUGGCUUGCUGGCCUACGGCACUGUGUGCCUCUUCGGCCUGGAGGUGGACUGGGAGAAGCACAGUGUGGAGUCCAGGACCACCUUCACCUUCCACCAAUUCUCACAGUGGCUGAAGACGGUUACCCUGCCCACCAUGUGGCUGGGUGCGGCCUCCCUCGCCUGGGAGCUGCUGACGGCCCUCUGGAGGUGGACACAGGUCCGAGGAUGUUUUCCGAAGCUGAUUGCUGCCUCUGAACUGUGCAUUGUGGGCACCACCACGGUGGCCAUGUUCAUCGUCAGCCUGGUGCCGUACUCCUACGUGGAGCCCGAGAGCCACAGCCGCCUCUGGACAGGUGCCCACCGCCUGUUUGACACAGUUGGCCACCUGCAGCUCACCAGCUCCUAUGGCCUCUUCCGCCGCAUGACCGGCGUGGGCGGGCGGCCCGAAGUGGUGCUGGAGGGCAGCUACGAUGGGCGGCAGUGGACGGAGGUGGAGUUCAUGUACAAGCCUGGAAAUAUGAGCCGGCCGCCCCCCAUCGUGACGCCGCACCAACCGCGCCUGGACUGGCAGAUGUGGUUUGCAGCCCUGGGCCCACACACCCAGAGCCCCUGGUUCACCAGCCUGGUUCACCGCCUGCUGCAGGGCAAGGAGCCAGUGAUCCGCCUCAUCCAAAACGAGCCAGCCAGGUACCCGUUCCACCAGCAUCCCCCUACCUACCUGCGGGCCCAGCGCUACAAAUACUGGUUCUCACAGCCUGGGGAGCAGCGGAGGUGGUGGCGCAGGCAGUGGGUGGAGGAGUUCUUUCCAUCCGUGAGCCUCGGGGACCCUACGCUGGACUCGCUGCUCUGGCAGUUUGGCCUCCAGGACAAGAGCCCACCCCGGGCCCGCAACUCCACUAACAGUCUGGCCCAAAGUCUCCAUUGGGUGCGGGAGCAGCUAUUGCCCCUGGAUCCCCCCACGCUGCUCUGGGGGCUCCUUGCUGCUGUUGUGGUCAUCAAGAUCUUCCAGGCCCUCUGGGGCCACCGCCCAGCCCGGCCAUCCCAACUUGCUCCCCGGGAAGAGAAGCCCCAGCUGUCUCCCAAGAAGGAUUCUGGAAGUGCCCGCAAGCAGGCAACCCCCUCACCCCAGAGCUCCAGCCCCCGCUCUGGGGCUUCCCGGCGGAGGAAGUAGCCCUGAGUCCACCGCCUGACCCAGGGCCAAGCCCGAAGCCCAAUGUUCACCCCGAACCACAGUGCCUUAGGCAGCUAAUGCUGCUCUACCCAGUGGCUGCCCCUUCCUGGGCAUCCCUGGACUCUCCAUUUCCAACCCAAUGGUGGUGCAGAGCUGGUGGCUAGAUCGGCAGGACUGUGUGGACCUAUUCCCUCCGCCUUCUCCAGCAAUCUGGAACCCCAGUUCUCAGCACAGAGCUGAGGGGCCCUCCCAGGCCUGCUCUCGGGCCCACACACUAAUAAAGGGAUCUUUAUAUUUAA